GUGCGCGAACUCGCGGCCGAGUCUCGGCAGUUUAGCAGAAAGCGCCCGUACGAAGCGCACCUUCCAAAGAACGAAAAAACGAGUACAGCGAGAUACCCAAGUGUAACCUAUAUCCACAUUAUACACUCGCCGGCAGCAGAGACACAAGAGAGAGAGACACUAGCACGUAUUAUAGCGGAGACGAAAAAGAGAAGAGUCACUCCCGGAGGGAGAGAGAUAGACACGUGCAGGAGUGAAGCGAGAAUAAUAGCAUCAGAAGCAGCAGCACAGCCAUGGCCGCGAUGUCCGUGAUCGGGAUCGACUUCGGCAACGACAAUUGCUACAUAGCCGUCGCAAGGGCCGGCGGUAUCGAGACCAUCGCCAACGACUACAGUCUUCGGGGCACGCCAUCAUGUGUGGCGUUCAGCGGCAAGAACCGUAUUCUCGGUGUGGCGGCGAAGAAUCAGUUGGUCACCAACAUGAAGAACACGAUAUAUGGCUUCAAGCGGCUUCUCGGCAGAAAGUACAACGAUCCCUUUGCCCAGAAGGAGCUGCAGUCACUGCCCUACAGGACCAGCCAACUAGCCGACGGUGGCAUCGGCAUACAUGUGCAGUACCUGAACGAGGAUCACGUCUUCACACCUGAGCAGAUAACAGCUAUGCUCUUCACGAAGCUGAAGGACACGUCGGUGACUGCCCUGCAAACGGCCGUGAACGACUGCGUGAUCUCGGUGCCGUCAUACUUUACCCAGGCCGAACGUCAGGCACUUCUAGACGCUGCCCGAAUCGCCGGCCUUAAUGUUCUGCGACUCUUUAACGAGACCACCGCGACCGCCCUUACCUACGGUAUCUACAAGCAGGAUCUACCGCCACCGGAUGCUGCACCCAGAAAUGUGGUCUUCGUCGAUUGUGGUUAUGCCAGUCUUCAAGUGUCCAUCUGCGCCUUCCACAAGGGCAAGCUUAAGAUGCUGGCUAGUGCAGCAGACAGUCAGGUGGGCGGCAGGGAGAUCGACGCGAUCCUCGCUGACUACUUCUGCAAGGACUUCCAGGCGCGUUACAAGAUUGAUGCUCGCAACAACCCGCGUGCAUACGUGCGUCUUCUCACCGAGGUAGAGAAGCUCAAGAAACAGAUGUCUGCCAACUCGACGAAGCUACCCAUCAACAUCGAGUGCUUCAUCGACGAGAAAGAUGUACAUGGGGACUUACAGCGUGCCGACAUGGAGGCUAUGUGCGCGCAUCUCUUCAAGCGCGUCGAAGCCACGCUCAGACAGUGUUUGGCUCAGUCCAAACUGAAGUUGGACGAGAUUCACUCAGUAGAGUUGGCAGGAGGCUCGAGCCGAGUGCCGGCAAUUAAGCGGCUGAUCGAGGAAGUGUACGGCAAGCCUUGUUCGACUACCCUCAAUCAGGACGAGGCAGUGGCCCGAGGUUGUGCCCUCCAGUGCGCCAUGCUCAGCCCGGCGGUACGAGUACGCGAGUUCUCUGUCACCGACAUCCAGCCUUAUUCCAUCAAACUGACCUGGGACGCCAGCCAAGGCGAGGCAGGAGAAAUGGAGGUCUUUGAACAGAACCACCCUAUUCCGUUCUCCAAGAUGUUGACCUUCUACCGUUCCAGCCCAUUCACAUUGACGGCCAGCUAUAGCUCACUACCUCCAGCAUAUCCUUCAACUCAAAUUGGUACAUUUACUAUUAAAGAUGUAAAGCCUAACAAGGAGGGAGAAUCAUCGAAAGUUAAAGUCAAGGUCAGGAUAAACCUUAAUGGAAUUUUGACUAUCGCGUCCGCCUCUCUCGUGGAGAAGCGUGAGCAGACGCAGCAAGAGAAAGAAGAGGAAGAGCAGCAGCAAGCUCAGGAAGCUAACGCUGAACAGCAGCAGGAUAAGAAGGACAAGACGGAUCAGGAUGCGGAAGCCAAGGAACCUCCAGCGCCAGAGGUGAAAAUGGAUAAGUUGCGGCGGGGCUCGGAUGACGAGGACGAGGCGAGGAGCUCGUCCUACUCCUCCAGGAUAAAGACUGCUCUGUCCUGGUUCAGCUCGGGCGAUGAAAAGGGAGAGGACGGCAAGAACAAAGUCAAAGUUCGUCACAUUGAUCUGCCCAUCGACAUUCGUGGACACGGUCUCACGCAGAAAGAACUCGACCAUGCAUUGGAAAAGGAGUGUAAAAUGGUAGCAGAAGACAGACAGGAGAAGGAACGCGUGGACGCGCGUAACGCCCUCGAGGAGUACGUGUACGACCUGCGCUCAAAGAUCUCAGAAGAAGAUCAGUUGUACACAUUCAUUCUGGACGAAGAACGCGAGGCCCUUUGCCGUACUCUUGACGAUACCGAGAACUGGCUGUACGAGGAGGGCGAAGAAUGUCAUCGCCAGGUUUACUCUGACAGAUUAGCACGACUCAGGUCUCAAGGUGAGCCGAUCAAGGACCUUAAGAUGGAAUUCGAGGGUCGAGGACCAGCGAUGGACGAGUUCGCAGGCGCUCUACAGUUGGCCAAGAAAGGUGUCGACAGAAUUCGCACCUCUCAAAAUAAAGGCGAGGACAAAUAUGAUCACAUAAGCGAGGAAGAGAUCAAGCAGGUCGAGCGAACAGUCCAGGAAAAAUGGAACUGGCUCGAGGAUAAGCGCGUCCAGUUGAACCAGACGCCGCGCACGCAACAGCCACCCAUCUAUUGUAAUCAGAUCCGCACGGAAAAACAGACCCUGGACAACGCGGUGAAUCCGAUCCUGAACAAGCCUAAACCCAAAGUCGAGCCACCAAAAGACGACAAGAAAGAGAAGACUGGUGAACAUAAAAACCAAAAUAGCCAGCAGGGACACAACCAGAACAACCAGUCGGACAACGAAGAUAAGAUGGACGUGGAUUCGUCGGCAGCGGACGUCGAAUAAUAAACGACUACGUGACCUCCUUUUACAGCCGCUCCCUCAUUCUCUAAUUAACACGAAGAUAAAUAUAAUUAAACAACAUCAAUAAUUCGAAGAAAGAAAUAUGAACCUAUCAAAGUACUACUACCGAAGACUUUUUGGGUAAACUACGAAUACAUUCGUCGUCACUCAUGUCACAAAAGCGCCUGUAUACGUGUCACUCACAUAAAGUAGAAGCAGGAUAAUCCUGUCGUUCUGAUAUCGCGAUAACAUUUUUAUUUUUCAAUUUUCAACACUAGUACUAUUACCGUUUAAGCAUUUGCGAACUUUGUUUGGUUAUUUUCCGCGUCGUGGGCGUCUUUUACCGUUUCCAAGUGAAUUUUGUUACGUUUAAUCAUUUUGCUAAGAGCGAUUAUUGACGCGCCUAAUUAUUUUUGUACUGAACAGUCGCAAAAAAUAAUGUUGAAUAAACGUGCGUAGCUCUACUUGUACUUUCGCUUUUAUUAGAUUUUAUAAUCUGUAAAAGUAAGCAAUUUUUUAUACGAUUUGAAAUCGCAUGCCUAUUAAGCUACAAGCAAUGGCAUUCCGUCGAUCGCUUUUGUAAAAUUAUUAAAUCUGACAAGAUUAUCGUCGAUAAAAUAUUGAUCGAAAGGUGCCCACGAUAUACGUAUCUAUUUCUUCAUAAUUUCAUGCACACUGCUCAUAUGUACACAAAUUUCACGGACAAGAGACUAUUGAAACAAUUUCCAGGGGCAAAUGAAAUUAUAAGCAAGUGCGCAAACACCUCGGGGAGUAUUGAGAGAAGGAUCUCGACUUCUUUAUUUGAUAACGAAUCAAAGUAAUCAUUAUUACUAUUUUUUUUUUUAAUUUAAAUCAAACAAUUAUUACUGUUCAAUAUUUAAUAUUGGCUUUGUAUUUCGUACUCAUUAGAUGGUAGUUCGCGAUGAAUGCAUAUUAUUGUAGCAUAGGUGUCGAAUUUUUCAUCGAAAUUGUAAACAGGUCGAUGGUGAUGUAUGAAAGGAUUAUAUUGUAUUACAUAUGCCACAGAGUGUCUGUGUAACUGAUACUAACUGGUGAUUAAUGUAUUGGUGCCUUUGGAAGAAGAUUGAGUUUCUUGUCUCGUACUUAAUUCAUGAAUGAGACGGGAAACCUUUCGAAGCUUCUAAUGCGCCAACACUUAGAGAAAUAAAAAAGAGAGAAACGGAAUACGAACAGCCCAGGACAGAAAAAUUGUACAUAGUUAUUUGUAAUCAUACAUUACCUUAAUUUGUUAUCAUACAUAAAUAGGUAUAUCCGUACUACUGUGUACAAAAAUUAAAAACAGUUCAUACGCAAAUUUAUAGGAUCCAUGACUGCAAUAUUUUCAAAAAUUAUAAUGAUUAUUUACAAUUUUUCUUCCUUGGUAUUCCUAAUUUUAAUAGUCCUAGAAGAGAAAUGGUGUGUAAGUUGGGGUGAUUUUUCAAAAUGAAAGAACUAAAAAAGUAUAGUGUGACAGCCAAAAGUAGACCUAUCAAUUAAAACUAAAUUAAAAAGGAGGAGUAAAUAAUGACUUAGGCUAAUAUCGCUGGCGAUUUUAUGUAUUUAACAACGCAUACUAUAAAUUUUCUUCAUUCCAUCGAUUUGUUAGCCCAACGGAGCCAGAACUCUGUCGCGUGUUGCAUUUAUGGAUACUUAAAUUAAUCACUAAAGAAUAAGGAGAAAAAGAUAAAAAGGAACUUGAGAAAAAAA